AUGGCGGGCGAGCCGUUUAAUUCCAUCAAAACCUAUGAUAUCAUUCAGGAGACUGGAAUAAGGGCAGCUAAUGCUGGAGAGACUGUGACUUUACCCUGCUCCUGUCAGCAUAAUGCUAUAACAUAUUUUUUUUGGUACCAGCAAAAACUGGGACAUAAACCUCAUCUGAUAUCUAACCGGAUGAAGCACAGCAAAGAAUCCAUCAUCUCCCCAGCAUAUAAAGAUAGAUUUCAAGUUCUUUCAGAGCCCGAAGAAGGACUCAACAGUCUGAUGAUCAUAGAUCUUCAGCCGUCGGAUUCAGGGACGUAUUACUGUGUGAUUUUAGCAUUCAACGCCAUUGAAUUUGGACAAGGACUCUUUCUCCAUGUCAAAGCAGCUUCAUCAAACUCCCAGUUGCUUAUUCAACAGUCUACGUUGACUCCUCUACAAAUCGGAGAUUCACUAAAUCUGAGCUGUAGCGUGUCUGUUGAGCCAUGCAAAGGAGAACAGAGCCUCUACUGGUUGAGACAUACUGCCUCCCAACCCUCACUCAUGUGUCCCAGUGCAAAAAGCUGUAUAGGUCUUAAAAACGGACCCCUUCAUGGUGUUAAUUGCACUUCCAACCUUGAGUUAAAUUCGGUGACGUCCUUGGAUGCUGGGACCUACUACUGUGCUCUGGCCUCAUGUGGGAUGGUUGUAUUUGGAGAAGGAACAAAUGUGGAGAUUUUUUUAGGUAUGUAA